GCUUUGCGAAGGAAAGCUUUUAUUCUGGAAUAGAGUAACAAAGUUUGAUACUUUGCCCCACUCAAGCCAGGUUUGUGGAAGCUCCUGACAAGAUGUCUAUCGAUUUGGUGAACAGGGAUCCGAAUAACAUUAACGACCACUUGAAGGUCACCUUUGAAGAUGUGUUGGCUGAACCCGAGGGCAACCAUGCCAUGGACUGUGUGUGGAGCAACUCUUACAAAUGCUUUAACUGCUGCAAGAAACUGUGCUACACCCUGAUGACCCUGUGCUGUGGCAUCUGCAUCGCCGCUGGCUGGGGCUGUGAGUUCGCCUACAUCGCCUUUGUCCACAUCUGGUACGUCACGCCAUGCUUCAAGUGCUUGGAGCUCAACUGUGGAUGUAUGCAGAAGCUGUGGGGAAUGAUUGUCCAUUGCUACUACGAUCCUAUCUUUGAGGCCUGCGGGCUGUGCUUCUCAGCCUUCAAGAAGGGUUAAUGCCAUUCUUGUAAUAUUGGCCACAUAGCAUAGGCAAGUUCUCCUCUUCCAUUCGGGAGACAUGAAACCACAAGCAUCACCAUUAUAACAGUGCCAGUUUUCAAACUUUUCGAAAUAAUCAAACCUGGUGAUUUUUAGGGUAUCUCCUUGUCCUGGUUCACGGUGUACAGUGUAUGCUUACAGCCAGGUGAAUGAAGAAAAGACCAUAAGAUCUAUUAUGAGUGUGAAUACAUUUUCAUUGAACAAAAUUUUGAAAGUCUGCUCUGUUACAAGCCUAUGUCACGCCAACAACAUAAGAGAUCAGUUUUUCUCUUAAAUCUUGUUUUUAUUGAAAUGUGAUACUUGUGUUUUUGCUAUGUCCAUUUUUAUUGGAAUCAGUGUACGUUUAUGGGCAAUAUUUAUCAGUAUUUGGUCCACUAUACACUGUAAAGAAGUGGCUUUAAACUUUACUCACGUAAGAUACUGAUGCUUUAUCAGGUACCACCUUUGCAUUUGUACGAGCUGUGUAUGAAAUAAAUUUUUACACCUA